AUGGCGGCGGCCAAAACAGGCGGGAACACCCCCCCUCACCUCAGACACCACCUGCACAUGCAGAAAAUGAACAGCCCCUGACGAUGAGAGCCAUCAGGGAAAUGAUGGCUGAAUUCUCAGACAAUAUACAGCUGAAUAUAAAAAAAACAGCUCCAAGUACUGACAGCUGAAAUACAAAAGGACAUCCAUGACAUUGGCAACCGCACCUCCCAGAUAGAAACAAAGAUGGAUGAGUAUGCAGUGGCACACAACAGCUUAGCUGACAAACUGCAGGAACUGGAUGACUCCCUAGAAACACACAGGUUAAAACUAGCAGACAUGGAGGACAGAGCUCGGAGGAACAACAUCAGAUUCCGGGGGAUCCCGGAAUCUGUACCAAAUGCAGAACUGCACAAUUAUUUGUUAGACAUGUUCCAGAGCCUCACACCAGAAACCCACCCGGAUCAACUCAUCAUAGACAGAGCACACAGGCUACGCAGACCAAAACACCUGCCCACGACAGCCGCACGAGACGUAAUUGCGAGAAUUCAUUUCUUCCACGCCAAAGAGAGGAUAAUGAAAGCCAGCAGAAAAGCGGGUAUGCCAGAAGCCUACUCUUCCAUCAAGAUCUUUGCGGAUCUCUCAGCGGACACGCUACACUUCAGGAAAACCAUGGGGCCGGUCACCUCCACCCUGCGGGAACACAACGUGAACUACCGCUGGGGCUACCCGGCUAAACUCCUAAUCUCUCACCACGACGCAAUACACCCCGUCAACACAGUGGCGCAAGGUGUCCAGCAGCUGAAAGAAUGGGGAAUCCCGAUCCAGAACCUACACCCCACCAAAGCAGCUAAAGUUCCGCGGAUGUCCCCGGAGUGGACAACACAAUGAGAACUGAACAUUCCUACCAACAUACGUAACUAUGUGAUGUAUAUAACAGUUGAUAGAUAGAUGCAUAACUCCAUUAGAGUUGUUCCUGGGAGAGCAAACUGGUUGACACUCUUCUAUAAUCUAUGUACUGAUAGUUGAUAUUUACCGGAGUACAUGCGCAAGGCAUAACAGAAAGCGCUGUUGCUGGCUAGAAUCUGUCUCUGCCCGAUUAGAGGUACUAAAACACCCCCUACCGGGGGCUGAACAGUACUGAGAACUAUAUCCUAUACAAUCUGCUAUUAUUGAGUACAAGUAGUUAAACGGUAAAGAAUAGAAUGUUAGAAGCGGGUUGCACACAUUGUUAACUAUCAUAGUUGUAUGUUAAUACUGCUCACGGUUUUUGGCUUUUUCUAUGGUGCACGACCUAGAGAAUUGCCGACUUCACCUCCACCCCCCCGGCAGCCGCGCCUCCAUGCUAGGCAGCAGGGUAUGGCCCCACUUCUUGGAGCUGAAAUGGGUACCUUACCCACUUGUUCUUUUCACCCCAAUUUCCCCCCCUACUUACUUCCCUAAAUCCCUGACUGGUCACAUUCUAAGACUUCACAGUGGCGCGUGCAGUGCACAACCCCCACUCAGGACAAUUGCAGUAACCUGUUAUAAUUACGGAGGGACGAAAACCGACCCGCCUAAGCACACUGUUUCCAACUGACACUCCUAAAUGAAAUUACUAACCUAUAACGUCAAGGGGCUGAACACCCCAGGUAAACGAAGGCUACUAUUGCAAGAACUAAAAGAACAAGGGAUCGACAUAGCCUGUAUCCAGGAGACACAUUUUAAAAAGACCAGGGCCCCUGAAAUCUUCACUAAACUAUACCCAAACCAAUACCAUGCCCUGUCAGAAAGUAAAACGAAAGGGGCCUCCAUAUUCAUACAUAAAGAUGUGGCAUUUCAGGAGCAGGCGAAAUUAGUAGAUGCCCAAGGGAGAUAUGUCUUACUAGUAGGUCUUUUUAAUAAUGCCCAAUAUACCUUGGUAUCUGCCUACUUCCCAAACACUGGGACGGAAAAAUACCUCAGACGUCUUCUGCAAGACAUAGAUAAAUAUAGACAAGGUAGACUGGUGCUCUGCGGAGACUUUAAUUUCUUCACCUCCCCAGAUGUCGACACGACUGCCCUACCCCAGGGGACGAGACGGGCGACCGUAAACUCCAUGUGCAAGGCAGUGUCCAAACUUCUCACACUACACAACCUAUAUGAUAGUUGGAGAGUGCUGCACCCAGGGGAAAGAGACUACUCCUUUCACUCGACGGCACACAACACGUAUACCCGUAUAGACACUUUUUACGUGGAUCAACCCACGUUAGCACAAGUCUCUACAUGCUCUAUGGGUGACAUCACUUGGUCAGACCAUAGCCCAGUGUACUUGGUGUUACAUGACUCUUUUCAGUUUAAAGGACGGGGGACUUGGAGAAUGAAUGACUCCUUACUCCGAGACCACGACUUUAUGAACCAAAUAAAAGCUGAACUCAUUGCUUACUUUCAGACAAACUCCACUGGGGAAGUGUCAGAACAGACUGUGUGGAUGGCACACAAAGCCGUAGUACGAGGCCUAUUUAUCAGGCGCUCGUCCUACCUCAAAAAACAAAGACAAACCACCAUACUUGAGUGCCAAACGAAACUAGCGGCCCUUACCACCCAAAACAAACGAUCCCCCUCCCCACUUCUAGCAAACCAGAUCCAAUCUCUGACCAACCAGCUACAUCAGUUACAGGCAGCCAAAACUGCGUCCCUACUUCAUAGAAUGAAGGCAACCACAUAUCACCAUAGCGAGAAAGCGACAAAACAUCUGCCAAUCGGCUGAGGGAGAAAUUGGCAGCCUCCAAAAUAGCUUACUUACAGGGCCCAGAUGGGUCCAAAAUACAAAACCCCCUAGAUAUCACCCAAGAGUUUGCAAAAUAUUACUCUGACUUGUAUAAUUUGGGAGAUCACCCAGGCACAACCCCCUUAGAUGAAAACGCUAUCCAAAGGUACUUGGACCAGCUCCCUCUGCCCAGUAUAGACAGAUACCAAAGGAAUGCACUACUUGAACCCAUCACUCUUUUUUUUAUAAAUUCUUUAUUUAUAACAUAUAUGAGGUUACAGAACAAAGAGAGGGUGUAGAGGGGGUACUGUCAUACACAACAAAAACCACAGAGAUUUACAAUUCGUACAUUUGUAUAUCAAUGAACAGAAAGUUUAUGGGAUCUCGUGGGAUGUGCAUUCUCGUACCUUCACGUGUAUGAGAGGUGUUCCUCUUGGAACCCAUCACUCUUAAUGAGGUUCUACACACCAUACAACACCUCCCUACAGGGAAAUCCCCGGGAGCAGACGGACUCCCUAAUAUAUAUUACAAAACUUUCGCUGAAAUACUUGGCCCCAGACUCGUACAAGUGUUCCAGAAGGCCACGGACACAGGAGUACUCCCAACUGAGAUGCUCUUAGCAACGAUAGUGACCAUACCCAAACCGGUAAAACCUGCUGACCAAUGUAAGAAUUUCAGACCCAUUUCGUUGUUAAAUACGGAUGCUAAGAUCUACGCCAAGAUCUUAGCGACCAGAAUAGGGAAAAUACUACCGACACUCAUACAUGACGAUCAAAUGGGAUUUGUGUUGGGGAGACAGGGCCUGGACAAUACCCGGAAACUGGCUCUCGUGUUAGAGAGGAUGAGGAGGUCCGGCCCAGGAGGUCCGGCCCAGGCCUGGGUUGGCCUUUCCUCCACAGGGUGCUGCAGAGAUAUGGUUUUCCACGCCAACUCAUCACACAGAUAUUUGCUCUAUACUCACACCCCACUGCAAGGGUACUACAAGCGGGUUUUCUGUCUAACCCCUUUAAAAUUACUAAUGGCACACGACAGGGGUGUCCCCUGUCCCCCCUACUUUACGUUUUAGCCCUGGAACCACUACUCACAUGGAUCAGAACCCGAACAGAAAUAACAGGGGUGGAUUGGCAUGGCCGCCAAAUAAAGAUAGGGGCGUUCGCAGAUGAUAUCCUACUGUACAUCUCCCACCCCGAGAGAUCUCUCCCACAUAUAAUGCGACUCAUACAUGAAUAUGGGACACUGUCCUAUUACUCCCUCAAUACCUCCAAAACGCAAGCAUUAGGUCUACGCCUAGACCCACAAGUCUUGGCGAACCUACACAAAGACUACCAAUUUGAAUGGAGGAAAAAGGACAUAAAAUAUCUAGGCCUGACAUUUACUAAAAACGCCACAGAUAUGUUCCCAGCGAACUAUAACAGGGUUUGGGAGGACUGUCUUAAAACAAUGAAGGGCUGGGACCGGUUAUUUUUAACUUGGUCGGAGCGGAUAGUAGCACUAAAAAUGACCAUACUACUGAAACUUCAAUACUUAUUUAGGAACCUACCCCUACGAGUACCACCAUCGUACUUCAAUACCAUCCAGGCCAAACUGCUACAAUUCACUUGGGGAAAGAGACGGGCACGAAUCUCACAAAAAGUGCUCCUAGCCUCCACAGCACAAGGGGGAAUGGCAUUCCCUAACGUCAAAUUGUAUUACCAAGCUGCAGUACUGUCCUCCCUCUUGCCACAUUUGACCAAGGACAACCAACCCCAAUGGGUGGCGAUGGAGCAUAUGGCCAUCUUACCCUUCCAAGUCCCCAACCUGCUGUGGUUACCAAAAAAGGACAGGCCGGCCACCCCACUCCCACCCGCCCAACUUGCAUUGGCACUGCAGGUCUGGGAAACACAUAGAGUGCAUUUCGAAACAGGAUACCCCCUAUCAAUGGCAACCCCAAUCGAAGCCAUAACAUACUGCAUCCCAACGUUCCAUGCGACACCAUGGAAGGCCAUGGGGAUCACCCACUUGUCACACAUGUGUGAAGCAGGCAAACUCAUGAACUUCGCUAAGCUCCGAUCCAUCUACAACAUCCCACAAACAUCACAAUAUUCGCACCUUCAACUCCACUCCCUUUUCACCACACGAACCAAGACAAAACCCCCGGGCCAACUCAUGCCGGUGGAACCCUCUACCUGGGAGAAAAUAGGCGUAUCGGGGAAAAUGCCACCCACAUUCAAGCCACUCUCGGACUGUUACAAAACUCCACGAAGAGGUUGAUUAAAUCAGCCCCACUGCUGGAACAACACCGAAAAACGUUAUAUAGGUGGUACAUGGUCCCGACCCGCAUACAUAAACAAUACCCUCACUCGCCUCCAUCAUGCUGGAGAUGCAUAGGAGACCACGGAACAGUCAUGCACAUCUGGUGGAGAUGCCCCCGCCUUGUUAGAUUUUGGAAAGAGGUACACAAGCUCAUUACCGAAGCCACCAACACUGACAUACCCUUCGAACCCGCAACCUUCUUGUUGCUAGACCUCCCGAGUACCGUACCUACUGGGGCGAAGAAACUGAUAUGCCAUGUUCUAUUAACCGCCCAAAAACUAAUAGCCAGACUCUGGAAAUCGGACAAACACCCCAACAUCCUGCCCCUUAUACAAGAAAUAGACAAACAACUACUCUAUGAAACACACUUCGUUACGACACACCCGUACCCACAACGCUUCCUGAGUACAUGGGAAUUAUGGCGCUCCUGGAGAGCGGACAACCCAGACCAAUGAACUCCCAUAGAGAAUUACUGGCCAUAGGGCCACCCCCACUCACUAAUCCCCACACCAUAAAAGAGGAUGCACAAGCCAUAACCCCACUAUAAACCAUCACGAAAAGGGACAACCCAGGAUCGGGGAGCUAGGACACUAAAGGGAGCCGGCGACGGCCGAACAAACAGGGUCUUAGGGACAAGUAGGGUUUGACGACCUGGUAACAAAGUACAGGGCACUGCGGAGAUUGGCUCAUAAUGUGUUGGCUCGAAUUGACCAGUGUAAAUGUGAUGUGUUCUGUGACGCAUACUGUAAAACACAACUGAUUGUAUGCAAAAAAUGCAAUGUGACUACCCCCCCCCCUUUUUUCUCUUUCUGUAUCCCCCCUCCCCCCCUAAUAUUAUGUUGAAAAACAAUAAAAUACAAAUCUCAAAAAAAAUAAAUUCUUGGUUUUAUCCAAUGCCACAUGUAGGCCGCAUGCUAUAGCCAGUCACUCUGCCUGGUAGGAUUGCAAUAAUACCCCAUCAACAGUUCUGGAAGAAAUGCCAGAUUCUAAGGUCAGGGUCAGUGGGAGUGCUGCUGUGCCAGAAUUCUUCAUCCCCUUGAGUCCAAUUCUCACAGAUAAUGGAAGUCUCUGGAUUACGCUGGGAAUGACAGAGCUUGUUCCUCCAUAGUAUGAGUAAGCGGUAGCGGGUAUAUUGGCGUAUUCGGUGAUGCAACACGGGGCUGUUCUGGGGCACCACAAUGCUGUCAGCAGGAGUGGAGCUAAGCCCCUUUCCAGAGAGUUUCUCCUAGAACAAAUCGCAGAUGUGAUCGAACACCAUAAGAAAUUUGUACACAAUUGUAGGUGGUUGCAGGGAGUUGGGCUUGGAUACAGGCCCAGACAGGGCAGCCGUUUUGGAAAUCAGACCAUUACUCUCUGGUGCGCUGGUGGGUGUUAAAAUUUGGCCAGGUGGAUGUACCAGGAUACCAGUGGAGGAUAUCCCCCAAUGGUCCAAAGGGGGGGGGAACAGGGCUCAAAGCCAGCAAGCUCCAGGUCAAGGGCAGGGAUCGGCCGCCUCCCUGUCCUCAAGUGUAAUUGCAAGCCGCAGGUAGGUCUGUCACAGGCUGUGUCCACAAGCUGCGGGCAGCAUGGUGUCAGAGGAAUAGCAGUUUUCCCCAGGAUGGAGACAGGAAUUUGGCCAAAGAAAGUGUCGGCUGUUAGGCCCUGUCCCCAUAAUAUUUACAUUAUGCAUAUGUUUUGCAGUACACAUGAAGGUGCAUCUUCGUCCAUUUUGGUUCAUCCAAAUUGUUUAUCCCAAAUUGAUCGCAUGGACGAUAUUUAUCUGACACAAUAUGUCAAAUAGAUCAAACUCAAGGCAUCAUCGGCAAAUUCCAUAAUUGGCAAAACCCAAUGCCAGGUAUUUGUUCUCUCUCAUCCUUACUUCAUCCCUGCUGGUAAGUAUGCACACUGUAUACGCACAAGAAAUAUAUGAAAGGUUUGGAGGCACACAUAGGCCUCCAGGUUACAAUUAGCUACAUGUGGCCAAGUUGGCUUUCUGACACUUAGAGGUGAAAUGAGUUAAACAAUGCAGUCAAGUCUUUAGAUAGAAUCAUGUUUAUUAUUGCAGAGAUUCCACAGAUGAGUGCGACUGUGUCAUGGACAUAGUGUCAGUCCGUGUGUGCUAACCAUUAUUUAAGACCACAAUUCUACUCCAGCUGUCUGUCUGGUCUUGUUCACCGUAUCUUUUAUAAGCUAAAUGUUGUCAGUACUUACUUUGUAAUAUUGUUUGUUUUCUCUCUACACUAAUAGGAGGAUUUCAAAGAUUGUUUGUGUCUUCAUGAACAAAAUAAUUUGCAUUUAAAAGUCAUUGUCGCCGUAUGGCUGCUGUGUUCUGUCUUCAUAUUUUUUUCCAUAUAUAUGAUGUAUAAUUGGGUGUUGUGAAAGGAGGCGUUGUUUCUAUGUAAAGGAGAAGUAAGAGAGGAAGCUAAGGGAGGAAACCUGAGGGGACACAUUAACCACGAUUAGUAAGCUCACAAAUUAUAAAGAGAACUAGAGAAACGGAGAAAAGAAAUUGGAAGCAAAGGUAGCUUAUGGAAUGAAGACAUAACACAGGAAUCAAAAACCAGCAUAACGCAGAACUCAAAGUCUUUGACCAGGACAAGUACAAACAAGGUAUGUAAAAGGACUAUCAAGUCAUGAAUUAUUCCAUAUCUUUAGAGACAAGCUGAGAUAGGAUCAAGAAAGGCCAAAAGCAAAAAGGACUCCAGGAUGUUCAAUAGACCAUAAAAUGUAGUAAUUAAAGACUUAACCAAGAAAUAAAGGGGGACUUGGGAAAGGAAGUAUAAAUAAGAACAGAUCACGGGUGUAAGUGAGACUACAGAUCAGAGAUGAGGAUAGUUCAAGAGAUUAAAAGGGGGUAUCAAAUCAUAACGAGGAGAUGAGUUUUAAAGGAGAUGAUUGUUUCAUGGUGAAUUAAGAAAGCCAUGAGUAAUGGUGUAACUAAGAGGGCAGAGAAAGGGCAAGAGGAAAUACAGUACACCGACAGAGACAGGAAGCAGGGAGGUAACUGCGCUUAGGGAGCGGCAAAGCUACUAAGGCCACAGGCAUUAGAAAAACCCUAACGAGGAGACACUCAGAUUGUAUGAGAUACAUAUUAAGCCACAGGCUAAGAGACCAAGAAAGUAGAGACGGUUCCACAGCCAAAACAAGGAACUAAACGGAGGUUAUUCAUCUUAGUGCGAAGACACUUAACCCAAAGUAAUCUUGCUGUCUAUGGGGAGUGAGCAUUUAUAGUGAUAUAGUGGGGUACAGGGAGGGCGAAUCUUAUGUUGAUAUAUCUCAUUUAUCAACUUAAAAUGACGUUUACUAGAUUUAGAUGUGCGUUUUCGCUCCCAGGAUCUUUGCUGUAGUAUACAAGUUGUACCAUAUAUAAUACAUUGGCGAAAUAUAAAAUUAUUGCAGAACAUCUGAAGAUGAAGAAUAGACCGCAGAAGCUACAUCUUCGUUCAUUCGGAAUGAUAUUUCCUAUUAUAGACAUUUUUCUGUCCUUUAUAAUAGUCGGUCUAUUCACAAAAAAUGGCUACAUUUAUAUCACGUUGGCUUAUCUGGAGAAUAUCUGCCAUGUGCUUAUGGUUCAUGUUGAGACAUUAUCUUAUAUAGUAUGAAUGACUGGUUAUUUUCAUGGCACAAUUUUUAAACAUCUCAACCUCAACCUCAACCGAACCUAGCUAACAGUAUCCAUCCAUAAAGCCAAGGCCUAGGUCAACAACUAGAACUAAUAUAAAUGGUGCUGUAUUAACACCAGCUUUCCAGACAUAGAGGGAUAUUUUCUUGUAUAGAGAAAUACUUUCAAAAGAAAGGAUGGACUGUCUCCUAUCUCUAUUGAAUGAGCAUACAGGUUUUUUUUUCCACAAAAAAAAUCUGGAACAGUUAUUUACUUUAACCCCUUUAAGACAUGUUUUGUUUUGCCAAUAUUGCCAAUAUUCUAAAAUCUUAAAGGAACACUCCAAGAAUCAUAACUACUGCAGCCCUCUGUAGAGGGUAGGGUGCCAGGAUUGCCAUGUACAUAAUCAGAAUAAGUAAUCAAACUGUUUAACCCCUUAAGGACACGACAUGUGUGACAUGUCAUGAUUGCCUUUUAUUCCAGAAGUUUGGUCCUUAAGGGGUUAAGAACAGUUUGCCGACCUACCUAGAUCCAUCAGAUGCCUGUAAUCAUCCCCUCUCUGCAGUCAGAAGCUCUUGCACGGAGCUAAGCCUGGCCAUGGAAUGUUCCAGGGUAACAUGUGCCCUGCGAUCCCUAGGAAAAUGUAAAACCAUUCUUAAACAGUUUGAAUACUCACUCUGGGAGAGUACAGGGGCUCUGCUGACACCAUAAUCACUACAGUAGUAUGAAGUGGUUAUGGUACUUGUAGUGUCCCUUUUCAGUCCUCCAGAUGUUGUGGACAAAAUCACUCCUGGAGCUCUGCCAGCAUUAUGGCUGUAAGCAUUAAGGGAGGUGUAGUCCACAACAUCUGGAGUACCACAGGUUGUCUACCGCUGCUUUAAACAAUACUGUUUUCACAAUUGUAGCACCUCAAAUUUACCCAAGUUCUCUUUUUGCCACUGUAACCCUUUUUAGGCUUGGGUUUAAUAUCCAGUAUUAGACGCAGCAAAGAUAUGAUGAAGUUAUAGCCACAUCAACAAAGACUUUGUUGUCAUUAAAUAACUAAAAAGCCUGUAAUGUAUGCUCUGUGGGUUAUUCAAUAAAAAGUGAGAUAGUAGGUUAGCUGUGGGGUUAUAGUCAAUAUAACACAUUGUGGUUAAACAUUGUACAGUGCUGUUGCAUUUGUUGGCGCUAUAUCAAUAAUUAUAAUAAUAAACACUACAGAUACUGUACACAGAGCAGAUAAGGUACAGAGGUUAAGGGUCAGCUACUUUCUGUUCUACGCCACAUUGAGUAGUAGAUAAAAACGUAAUUUUUGCUUUUAACAACUAUCCAUAUGAGUAUCUGCGUGUGUGUGAUUGAAGACAGGGUCUUUUUGAAGUUUUUCUGUGCAUGUAAGCACAUACCUUUCAAAUGCUAUAAGUUUACAUAUUUUCAAUCAAAAUUAAAGGGACAUUUUUCCAAUCACAUUAAAGGAACGUUCUAGGCAGUAUAACCAUUUCAUCUCAUUCUGAGCAGAAUAACCAUUUCAUCUCAUUCUAGGCAGUGUAACCAUUUCAUCUCAUUGUAGUUAUAGUGCCUUGUGUCCCUUGGGGCUGUACCUCCAUUCAUUUUGUAACAGUUUAAUUCUGAAUGGGGGUCCCUGGCCACCCACAGCCUGGUCACCACUGGAGGUAUAGCUAAGGCAGAGAUUACACUCUUCGUUAGACAUAACUUUAGCAAAGAGUGUCUGGCGGGUUGGGAGUGGUCGACUGACAAUCUCAGCCAACCACUGCCAUCCAUUGCUGCUUGGGCUAAUGCUCUCUCAUUAGCUCAAGUAGCACACAGGUAAUGGGCUGCUGGAGCCUCUUGAUUAGCAUAAAAAAAAAAUAGUUUAGUACAGAACAAAGGACAGGGGGUCUCCAGAUACUAUAACCACUUCAAUGUGAUGAAGCAGUUACACUGCCUAGAGUGUUUAUUUAACUUACUGCAAGUCAUUAUUUAGUAAAUAAAUCCCAGGGCGGUCGGCCAUUGAUAGCUAACCAAAAGGUAAUAACCAUCCUAUCACCCAAACAGUGGCUGUAAUAACUUCACUAAUACCCCAUACACCUUCAUGACUGGGAGAUCUGUAAACACCCAAUCCUCUACAAACUUACCUGUCAAAACACAUCCUGUUUCCUACUUCCAUACAGCCUGUGUCUCGUUUAUAAACACCGCAGUUUAGUAAUAGGUAAACCAAGCUAUUAUUACUUCUCUCUUUCUAUAUUACCAAAUAUCUAGCGAACGUUCCUUCAGCAACCAUCAUGUCACGUCAUCAUCCUACACACCACCUAUGGAGCUGUCACUAUCACCACCUGCAUUCCAACAAGCAAGUCACCGUGAAAAGCAGAACGUCACUGCAGCACACACGUUAUUACUAGAACCUGCUCUAGAACCCACAAGAGAACCCAUGCCACGCUAACAUCCUUACCCCAUCUGCCCACAUGUCCCCUCUAUAGACUCUACACUAUUCCUACAGAUUACAUGUUACUUCCAGAGCCAGCAAGACAUUGCAACAGACUAUACUUCCCUGUAUAGCCUGUUUGACACUCUAGCAGUCUAUUUUACAGUCUGCAUGUCACUUCAGCCACCUCCAUGACACUUCUAGAGCCUGCAUGCCACGUUACUACAGCAGCUGACAUCACUUGUCGAGCUUCCAUUUCUUUCUGACUGUUUGCAUUCCAUUGCAGUAGCCUACAUGCCACAUCUAGAGCCUUCUUGUCACUUCAGAACUCUACAUGUCUUUUCUAGAAUAUAUAUUAUAUUCCAGCACUUGGUAUGUAUAAAUCCCCAAAUAUUAUAUUGAAUUACUGCUGUCUAAGCUGUACUCCAAUAAUUUCGCUUGUAGAGACUACGUCACUACAACUGAUUAAAUGUCACCUCGAAAUCCUGUGUUUUAAUUCAUUCAGUCUAUAUAGCACUUUCUAUAUCCUCUCUUCUUUAUUACAGUCUAUGUGUUUGUUCUGUGUUCACAUUACUUUCCAAAAAAUAAGGCAUUAUCCGGUAUAAUCUUUCCCAUUAUAAUAUUUAGAAUGAUCUUUUACUCAUAUAGAUUUGUAGUUUUGUGUUGCUGAAUUGUAUGUAUUCUCUCUAGUACGUAUAAGUAAAAAAAUAUAUGUUAGUCUGUAGAGGGAGGGGAAGAGCGAAUAGAUCACAGACAUUUCCUGUUCCUGUAGAUAUGUCAUCUUAUUUAUCAACAGUAUACACAUUGAUAUAUAUAUACAUUGUCAUCUAGAAGGGAGGUCUGAUGGUGUCAUUCAUACUAUGAUUGAUUGGUAGACUCCGUGGGCAAUACAUUAUUUUUUAUAGUAAAUUAUUUUGAGAAGUACUGUUCACAUCGUUGAUAUGGCGAGCCACUGAUGAUAUUGAACAUUCAGAUUCUGAACAAUUUGGAGUUAUAUUUUUGUGAAGAUACGUUACAAACAGACUGUUAAAAUAUCUAUUGUUUCACCCAAAGAAAUAUAUGGGUAUGGAUGAAACACCACACUACCAAAGCUUUAAUUGUGUGGUGAAACAUCCACAAUCUGGGACUCAAUGUCCCAAUUUUUUAUUUCUGUGGACAUCAACGAAUGUUACCAAAAAGAGCUACAGCACAAGCCCAUUACCAUUUACUUUAGCCCAUGUGAGUGCAGUGCUCAUGUGAAGAUUGGUUAGCUGGCAGGCAACCAGCGCAUCACCCCAGAAAAUAUGCACCAUGACAUUUUAUGCCACUUUCUCCACCAUUCCAACAGCCAUUAUCUUCCUCCUUUUAGCUAUGUGACCUCCCAUAACACUUUAAUUCAUCCUAUUGAUGGGAAAUAUACACAUAUCUCACUCAAAGUGCUACUCUUGGCUCAGUGAGAAAUUAGAAAAACAUAACCCAGGAAAUCAGGAGUAUAUUUUUCAGCUUAUCCAGGCCAACCUAAAUUUAUCUUCCUAACAGAAAAAAUAAAUAAAAAAUUCUAAGCCUUAAAGGGACACUAAGGUCACCCGGAUGCCUUCAUCUCGAUGAAGUAGUGUGGGUGCAGUGGCGCAGAGGUAGUCUAUGCACUUGAAGAAGGUACAUGUCCUCUUCCUCACAAAUUUGAAAAAAAGAAGAUGGAUGGAUGUAUCAUGGCACCUGCACUUUAUAACAAUUUUCUUAAACCUGUGUAGAUUCAGUAAUAUGCAUUUUGUUAGUGAAGGUAUCAGUCAUUUUGCUUUCUUCUAAUUCUUCCCCCAGUUCCAUUUAGAGUUGUAUGGGAUGGGAUAAUGGAAUAAAAUGGGCAUACAAUAGGGAGAGCAGUCUCAAUUUUUUAUGUGCUAAUCUGUAAUUUAAUUCAUAAACAGUGGUCUCCCCUUCUAGAUAAGUUCUCAAGAAGGAUGACAGAAAGUGGAGAAGUUGAUGUGCCCAAAACAAUUUGGAGCAGCCUAACCAUUUAAUGAAUUAGUAAUAUGAACUGAUAAAUAGGCUAACGCUGUUUUCCAUCCCCUACCAGGUUGGUGUAGACUCCUAAAGAUGGCUGGAAUCAAGACAUCCAGCGGAGAUUACAUAGAUAACUCCUGGGAGUUGAGGAUCUUCGUGGAGGAGAUGGGAGAAGAAGCGGAACCGGUGGUACUUAGGGUGACGGGUGAACUUCACAUUGGGGGAGUCAUGUUAAAGGUGGUGGAGAAAAUCGGUGAGUGGUGAAAACAAACUCCACCACUGCCAUUACACUGCAGAGAACAUACUAUGACACUUGGCUGAAUAACUCUGUUCAGGAACUUCAGAACGCACUAAACCAUCAUCAGUAUAAUCAGCUUUUUCCAGGCCUAACUGUGGUCAGCAACUUCCUCCUAUCCCUGUAGCUGCUGGGACCAAAAUAACCACAGGGAGAUGAAAAGAGGAAGAUAUUUUGGUGUCUAUGCAAAGAGAAACUGUGUAUGGGAGGACAAUGAGAGUGCAGAGCUGGGAGAGAACACAGUGACUGUCACUGAGAGUGCAGAGCUGGGAGAGAACACAGUGACUGUCACUGAGAGUGCGGAGCUAGGAGAGAACACAUUGACUGUCACUGAGAGUGGAGAGCUAUCAGAGAACACAGUGACUGUCACUGAGAGUGCAGAGUUAGGAGAGAGUACAGUGACUGUCACUGAGAGUGCAGAGUUAGGAGUUAACACAGUGGCUGUCACUGAGAGUGCAGAGCUGGGAGAGAGUACAGUGACUGUCACUGAGAGUGCAGAGCUAGGAGUUAACACAAUGACUGACUGAGAGAGAAUACAGUAGUACGAAUGGACACAGUGAAUGUCACUGAGAGUACAGAGCUAGGACAGAGUGACCAUCACUGUCACUGAGAGUACAGAACUAGGACACAGUGUCCCUCACUGUCACUGAGAGUACAGAACUAUGACAUAGUGACCAUCGCUGAGAGUACAGAACUCAGACAGAGUGACCAUUGCUGUGAAUGCAGAACUAGGACAGAGUGAUCAUCACUGUCACUGAGAGUACAGAACUAGGACACAGUGACCAUCACUGAGAGUACAGAACUUGGACACAAUGACCAUCACUGAGAGUACAGAACUAGGACACAGUUUCCAUUGCUGAGAGUACAGAACUAGGACAGAGUGACCAUCGCUGAGAGUACAGAACUAGGACAGAGUGACCAUCACUGUCACUGAGAGUACAGAACUAGGACAGAGUGAUCAUCACUGUCACUGAGAGUACAGAACUAGGAAAGAGUGACCAUCGCUGAGAGUACAGAACCAGGACAGAGUGAUCGUCACUGUUACUGAGAGUACAAAACAAGGACACAGUGACACUGAGAGUACAGAACUAGGACAGAGUGAUCAUCACUGUUACUGAGAAUACAGAACUUGGACACAAUGACCAUCACUGAGAGUACAGAACUAGGACACAGUGACCAUUGCUGAGAGUACAGAACCAGGACACAGUAACCAUCGCUGAGAGUACAGAACUUGGACACAUAGUGACUAUUAUUGAGCAUACAGAGCUUGGACACAUAGUGACUAUUAUUGAGCGUACAGAGCUUGGACACAUAGUGACUAUUAUUGAGCGUACAGAGCUUGGACACAUAGUGACUAUUAUUGAGCGUACAGAACUUGGACACAUAGUGACCAAGCCCUGGUCUGCCCCUUCCACACCCCCUCUGUGCAUAGUUAAUGUUGGUGGCAAAUUUCAAUUUAGUUUUAGUCAUAGUCUUUUGACUAAAAAGCCAUUUUAGUUUUAGUCGUAUUUUAGUCAUCUGAAUCGUUUUAGUUUUAGUCAACUAAAUCUCGAAAAAUUUAGUCGACUAAAAUCUGCCUAAAAUUGUUAGUUAACAUUGAUCUACAAUAUUUGUCAAUCAUCUUCCUGCAGGGAGGGCACACAACUGGUCUGAUCACGCUUUGUGGUGGGAACAAAAGCGCCAAUGGCUACUUAAGACCAAUUGGGCUCUGGACAAAUAUGGGGUUCUUGCAGAUGCCAUUCUCCAUUUCACCCCCCAACACAAGCCUGUUAUCCUAUCUCUACCCAACCAGCGCUCCCUGAGGAUACGGGUCUCCUUCUCCAGCACCACAUUCAGUGCAUGCGCAGAGGUCUGCAAAGUGUUAGGUAAGUACACAGAGCCCUAUAUUUUAAAAAGCUUCACGGCAUCAAAUAAUCUUUAUGCUUGUAAUAUAUCCUAUCAGGUGACCUACUUAUUCUCAGGAAACUCUCAUGUUACCUGUUUCUCCAGGUAUCAGAAACCCAGAAGAACUUUCGUUUCUCAGGGCACCUGAGGAACGAGGGAAAAAGAAGAAAAAGGAUAAAGAUACUGUGACUCAGGAGAUAUUUGAUCUAACCUACCUGCAGCCAAUCACUGGUAAUGCAUACCUUUCCCCUUUGAGAAGGAUCUAAACGAUAUAUAUAUAUAUACUGCUAAUCAUUCUGUAUUGUAUAGGAACCAAAUGACUCAUUAAAAUGUAAUAAGAAAUUUACAAGGGCUUUGGCAGGAUGGGGGGCAUAGUAAGAGGUACAAAUCAAUCAGUAACCUCCCAUCUGCCCAUUAAGUAUUUGUUUCUUUACUAAAAACAUUCUUAAGGUAAUAGAAAGAACAAUUUAGCAAGCUUCCCUGUUAACCCCUUAAAGGACCACUAUAGUGCCAGGAAAACAUACUCGUUUUCCUGGCACUAUAGUGCCCUGAGGGUGCCCCGCCCCCCUCAGGGUCCCCCUCCCGCCCGGCUCUGGAAAGGGGAAAGGGGUUAAACUUACCUUUUUCCAGCGCUGGGCGGAGAGCUCUCCUCCUCCGAUCCUCCUCUUCUCCUCCCCGUCGGCUGAAUGCACACGCGCGGCAAGAGCGCCUCUAGCGACUGUCAAUGAGACAGCCGCUAGAGGAAAUAGGGGAAAGCUUAACCCAUUCAUAAACAUAGCAGUUUCUCUGAAACUGCUAUGUUUAUGAAAAAAUGUUUAUGAAAAAAUGGGUUAACCCUAGCUGGACCUGGCACCCAGACCACUUCAUUAAGCUGAAGUGGUCUGGGUGACUAGAGUGGUCCUUUAAGGACACAUGACAUGUGUGACAUGUCACGAUUCCCUUUUAUUCCAGAAGUUUGGUCCUCAAGGGGUUAAACAUGGGUCCAGGACCAGGAAGGGACUCCAAGUAAGUGUUACACUUGAUGUUUAUGGCUGAUGGGAAAAGAUGGGCUAUUCAGUAAGUCAUUCCAAUCGGUAAGGAUAAUGUAAAAAGAGCCACUAAGCAGGUAUGCCUUCUUUUUUAUAUUGCUCCAUUCUAUACAGCCCAAAAUAUACAGACGUGAGUGAGUGAGUGAGUGGGGUGGGUAGUUAAGGCAAUGCAAUCAUUCCUUUUGUGUAUUCCUAUAGCUAUAGGGCCCUGUUUACCAGUUAGACCCCUGGCCCCCGUCUGUAGGAAGUAAAAAAAAAAAAUUUUACUUACCUUUUCUCCCUCGUUGACCUGGGAAAGCAUGCCUUAAGAAAGCAUUGGGUGGCUAGUGCGCAUGCAUGGCAAAUGGCCAAACCAAUCAGAUGUUCUCUGUAAGACCAUCUGGUUGAAAUAAUGGACUUUAAAGGAACAUUAUAGUAAAAAAAAACAUUUAGGUGGCUGGCCCCCCUUUCCCCUCUUAAAAGAUAAUAAAACUCUCCUUAUUUCUAGCAGCACUAUCCCAUAGGGAAAACAUUGGGUUGGCUGAGAUUGGCAAGAAGGUGGGGCAGGGGUAAAGCCAAACACUGGCAUGGCCUAUUAGCACCUCUUCACAGAGAUGCAUUGAACCAUGCAGAGCGUGGACGCUGAAUGGCAGUAGGAAGCACCUCUAGCAGCCAUCUGAGGAGUGGUCACUGGAGGUGCCCCUAGUAAGCAAUGUAAACACUGCCUUUUCUAUGAAUUUUACAUGGAUUUCUAUGAAAAGGCAGUGUUUUCAUGCAAGGAAUGAUUAUACUCACCAAAUCAAUAAAAUUAAGAUGUUCUGGUGGCUAUAUUGUCUCUAUUACUCCCUAUGCACUUCAUUGAGAUGAUAUGAACACUUCCACCUGUCCUAAAUAUUAAUAAUAAUGAAUUAAUUAAUAACUAAGAAAUAUAGUGCUCUCCCCCAGAGCAGGCCCCUUACGUGACAGCACUAGCAGCUCCUAUUUCACUCCAUGGGUGUCCUGGUAGCUUAAUGAGAGAUGACUCUCUCAAUAUGGUACAGACCUCUCUUGCAUGUUCAUGUACAUGACCAGCUGUACAAUUUUACUGAUGUCAAAUCCCAGUUAAUACAAAGUGGGCACUGAGAAGGAACAAUCCCGUUAAUUCCCUGCUAGCCCAGCUAGGGUAGUGAAGUUUGAGGUUUGUGAGUACCCACCCUGCCAGCCUUCCCUGUUGUUGCAUUAUAAAUGUCACUUUGUGUAUAUUGGCAUAUGAUCUAUUUAGUAUUCCAUAAGUGAAGCAUAAUAGCAUGUCAUCCCUCCAACAGCCAUCCUACCUCUCCAGUCACUGCUUAUAACCUCCAUGCCAUCCUGUAACUCUCUAUUGUUUAACAAACAGACUCAGCUACCCAGAUGAUACAAGGAGGCGUUCCAUCUCAUUUUACAAGUCCGGAGGCGCAGGAGAGUUACCGAGCUCUGUCUGUCAGUCAGACGGGAAUCACCCCUGAAGAUAUACAGAAACGAUAUAAGCCUAUCACAGUGACCGAUAAGACAUUAGUACAUGGCAGGUGAGGACCAUUGUCAUCUAUUACCUCUCUGUGUCCCCGUCUAUCUAUGGGGAUCUUUUCCUCCUCACCUCACACCUCACCUCAUAUUUGACCAACAUUCACAGAAAAACAAAAAAUUAAUUCUGCAAGUCUCUUGUAAAACCUGUUGUUUUAAGCAUAAUUAAUUGAAUACAAUUUGUUUGGUAUUUGAAGAGUAUGUUGGUCCAUAUUAAAACAUGGUGUGUGGACUACUAUGUCUCUGUAUAUUUCCUACGCCUGACACUUCUAGACACUAGGUAGAGCUAAUGCCAUCUAGAAGUGUCAUUCCCCCCCCUACUCCCCACCCCCCCAAGCCAUCACCAGUGACAGCUGCAGGAGAUUGGCUCUUUCUCUAGACGAUGGGAUCCUCCAUAGACCUCAAUGCUGUACAUUUGCGAAUGUGCGACAGUACAGCAGUGACGUUGGGUCCUGCAGCACCAGGAGUUGAAGAGGACCCGUCAGAAAAAGAUGGCGGCAACCGGUGAGGGUCAGGUUAAGGUAAUUAAAUCUCACCUUUACCUGCCCCCCACGGGCACCGGAGCUUCAGCUAUGAUGUCACCGUCAGGGUCUUUGUGAAUUCUGCAGAGUCCCCAGACGGUGACAGUGCCAUUUUAAGGAGUCUAUAAACUCCAAAUUAACUUUCUCAGGGGAGUAUAUAUUUCAUAAUAUUUUUUCCGAAUAAUUUGCCAAAUUAUGGUAUAAUAAUCAAACUACAAAUGUUAGGCAUUAAACUUUGUAGGUUUUUGUGGUAGGUAAGAUCCUGCAGAGGACUCAGAAAUUCCUACCUAGCUAUGAUAUUUCCUAUUUUGGCCUAGAUUAUACAAAUAGAUUGUGAUGUCUCCAAAGUGCAUUGUCCACUGAGAUGAUCCACUGCUGUCUUUUUCCCCCCCUAACCUCCAUAUUCAUACUAUAUGGGGUCUCUUUCUUCCCUCUUAAAUGUAGAACUGUCACUUAGUUUGUUUUAUUGUUUAGUAUAUUAACUUCCAGUGGGAUAAUUGUUUGUGAGAUAUGAGAAAUUUGUAUUGGCUUUCGGUCCAUCAGAGCUAAAAUCUCUGCACAUUUCUGUCAUUGAACUUAAUAUGUGGAAGGGGGUGAAACUGAACCAAUGUUUCUGUUUUUCGGUGUGCCUUAGCUGUGCCAGGACUGAACUGAAUUGCAAUUUCAACUACAACACUACCAUAAUGUUCAAUGAAAACUAAACAUCCCAUGAAAAAAAUGUUCCUGCUUUUUUUUUUCUUUUCAAAAAGUUUUAUUCAGCGGUGUGAGUUUCCAUCGAAGAGAGGGUUAUAUUUUAAAUGCUCCCCAUCCUCAAUUAAUCUGCUCACUCAAUCGAGCCAUGAAGAACCCUUUCAUUUUUGUUACCCACAUUACCCCCACACUGUAUUCACUCAAUACAAUCUUGUCUCCUGGUAGGUGGUUAAACUCUUCCAAAUGUUUGCUGCAACAGGGCAUUCAGGAGGGAGACAGACUUUGGCUGCAGUUCAAGUAUUACACUUUUUAUGAUGUGGAUCCAAAGGUGAGAGAAUAACACAAUUAAACGAAUGGAUCUAUUUUUAACACUUUGAUUGCUCCUAUUGUUCACAUUUUGGUUUUCUAUCUAUAUAUCGCGUACAAAAAUGUAACAUUAGAAUACUGAUUUUAUACAAAAACAUAAAGAAACUUUAUGUGUAAACUGGAUAACUAUAAGACAAAAUGAGAAAGUGAAACAGAAAAAAAAAUAAUUUUCACAAUUUUUUCCCACUAGUUUGAUACUGUGCGCAUUAAUCUGCUGUUUGAACAAGCACGCUGGGCAGUGCUACUGGAAGAGACAGAGUGUACAGAGGAAGAAAUGAUGAGAUUUGCAGCUCUGCAGGUACCAAAAAAGAAGAUUUAUUAUUUCUAAAUGAAUGCUUACCAACCGUCCCGAUUUUUACAGCACAGUCCUGAUUUUCUAAUUCGGCCCCCCAGUCCUGACUUAGUUUCCCCGUGUCAGCUUUUGGGGACAUUAGGGAAUUGUCCCCAGCAAACAUAGUGCAACAUUAGAAGCACUCGUGCUAUGUCCAGGGCACUAGGACUCUGCAGGGAGCACUGAAACAGGGUUCCUUGCAGGGUCUGGCCUUUAUGAGAUGGCAAGUGGGAUCGACAGACAGCUCUGUAUGUAUUCACGUCAGGUUGACCUGUCAGUUAAUUGACCUAAUGUAUCCCCCCUUCCCAGGUGGUCACGCACCCUUUGGGCAGAGCCAGUGGCACGAUCGUGUUAUUGGCCCGCCUCCUUUAUCACCCUCCCAUCAGAGCCCCAAUUGUUUGGAAGCUUGAGAAGGGAGAUAUGUAAAUAUAUUAGUGGCAUACAAUUGGCUGAUUAUGUUAUUUACUGGCAGCGUUAUUAAAUUAAAGCAAAUUAAAUUAAUAGCAUAACACUCCUCUAAAGCGACAUUGUAAGGAUCAAAACAACUUUAGUUUAAUCAGGCAGCUUUGAUGUAUAGACCAUGCCUCUGAAGUCUCACUGCUCAAUUCUCUGCCAUUAUGGAGUUAAGUCACUUUGUUUAUACAAUCCUAGCCACACCUUCCUGCAUGUGAAAUACACAGUCUUCCUACAUAUUUCCUGUAAAGAGAGAACUAAUGUUUAAACUUUUUUGCACAGCCUGUUUAAUUUAGAAUUUCUUAUCUCAUGCUCUCUUAGUAGCCUCCAAGAGCCUCCUGUGUGUGAUUAAAGUUCAAUUAACAGAGUAAACACAAUGUGCAAUCAGAGCUGAGUGAAAGAACAACAAUUUUUUUCACAUUGUCUGUGUACAUAACUGCUAGGGGAGGUGUGGCUAAGGCUGGAUCAACAGGAACAAAAGUGAUCUAACUCCUAAAUGGCAGAGAACCGAGCAGUGAGACUGCACUUAAACGGCUUCAUUAGGCUAAAGUUGUUUUGGUGCUUAGAUAAUCCCUUAAAAGGCACAAUGAAUUUAAAACAGUAUAAUACAAAUGUUAGUGCACAUUGAAUAACUAUCAGAAUCUGUGAAUGAGCUGUAAUUUUUUUAGUAGAGAAACAGGCAAACUCACAUGACUAUUUAACAGGUCAAUAAAAAAAAAAAAUAUUAAUUUAAUAGACAAAACAAAAAGUGUACUUUUGCAAAACUAAAUUGUACACUCAGAGAAACUUCAACAACAUGCCCUUCGGUUAGUCCCUACUCACUUGUGCCAUUACAGAGAGAACCUAUAAUAUUUGCCUAUUACAAUGAUCCAUUCCUACUUAUAAGGGCUGUCCAGAACUGAAAUGCCCACCUGACCCACCUUGAAUUGACAGAGAGAUCAAUACACCUCCCUGUACUGCCUUGAGCCUCCUCACAGCAUUGUGGUCUGUACCAAAAUCAGGUACAAACCACUUUAAGAGUACCCUUGUGGUCCACCAGUACUUCUUGAUGACUUGGAACGCUACAGCUGGUGCUCUGAGUCAUUUACUGAGCACUGUAGGCAGGAGGGUGCUCUUAAAGUGUUCUGUACUUCAUACUGGUCGAUGGAGCUCCCCUACCGAACCACCAGAGAUCUGGCUCAUCGACCACAGGGCCACUAGGGAUCCUGUUCACACUCAACUGGGAAGGUAAGCAGAAAGGAAUGGGGGGCAUACACAAACACACAAUUCAGCCACACUCAGACACCCCUACAUACACAGACACAAAAUUCAGCCACCACAAACACAACAUACUCAACCAGAAUACACAGACAAACCCAGCCUCUGUGCUCUCACCCUCCUCUACACACCACACUCAGCCACUACACACAGUCUCACACACAACACUCGGUAAAACACACCACUCAUAUAAACAGAGCUCAGGUCUCUAGGAGGGGGCUCCAAUCUGUCAUGGACAACCUUUAAUCAGUUCUGACCGAAUGGCAAGCUAAUGGCUUUCUCUGAGCUGUUGCCUUUUCUCAGACUUCUCAUAUAAUCUGUUUUUACUAAAUCGUACUGCUCUUUGUGUUAGAGAACCCUGGCACACCAGAUGCUGUUGGGAAUCAUCCUCCUGCAGUCAUUCUUAUGAAGGUAGUGGGUUAUGGGAGUUGCAGUCAAUUUAUUGUGCAAGUAAAAUCAGAUUUUUUUCUGGAAAUUCUGCACUAGUCUUUUCAUAGUCAAAUGUGGCACCCAGACUGCUUUGGACCACAAAUCCCAUGAUCAUCUGCAAGCCUGUUGGCUGGCUGAGUGUCAUAAUAAUCAUUGCUCAUAUAAAUUAUAGAGCUGGAGACUGCUCAUUCUAUCACGUAUGGCUUUCUGGGUGAUUGUUUCAAAAUAUGGACCAAUGUCUUAGACUCUGAAUAUUAUAUGCAUGUCUAACUUUCCAAUAAUGGUUGGUUUAUAUUGAGAAAUAUUCUAUUUCCUGUAUAGUACCAUGUAAACAAGUUAUCAGUAACCUGUGAUCCCAUGAGUCUGCCCCAAGACCCUGCUCUACAGGACUUGGAUGAGGCUCUUUCACAUCUGGAGGUGAAAUUAGAGGCAUCGACACCAAGUGAAGCCCUGGUAAGUGGAACAUACUGUUACGUCUGUUAUGUAUUUGGCAGGAGGAGCCCAGGAUGCAGGAAUGAGCCAAGGCUAGGUACAAAAGGUAUAGACAAAGUCAUAGUCGGGGAAAGCCAAGAGUCAGGACAGGCAGCAUGGGUUCAGAGAUGCUUAAACAAUCAGAGGGUCAGAUCCCAGAUAAGUCAAACAAGGCAGGAUAGGCAAACUGAUGUUAACACCACAGUAAGCACCAUAUAACUGAGCACUGGAAACAUGUUGGGAUGGGAUUUUAUAGGAGAGAGGUAUACUUCUCUCAUAUUUCAUUGGUUAAUUGGUUACACUGGUAGUAACCAAAGAAAAAAGUUACCUGCGCUCUCUCCUGAAUCCCUAUGUACAUUUAAACAAAUGGAUGUCAUUUAGUUACUCCAAUGGCCAUUGGAAAGAAUGCCCGCCUGCCAACAUCAAGGCAGACCCUCCCUUGGUGGGUCCUACACUGACCUUUCACCUUGCUUCCUUGAGCUUCUGGCAAAGACAUCUCUAAUAAGACAGAAAGGGGUAUUUUUAUAUAUAGUAACAAAUAUUCUCGCAAUGCCCCAACAGCAGUGGCAAGACAUGUAGAUGUACAAAGCGUAACAAGUAUAAGGCAUUUGAGUGUAUUGCACAAUUUUUAAAAAGUGGUAUAAGAUACAAACUUGGCCUAACAUGUCUACUGGGGAUAUUGAGAGUCAUCUUCUAUUUUAUGCAAGCAAAUCCAUAGACAUGUAGCUCUAAGUAAUAAAGUAGUGUAACCGAGUAAACUUGCAGAAGCCAGACACAGAGAGAUGGAUGCAGGUUUUCAGGAAGUAAGAGGUCUUUAUUAACAUAUCAAUCGGGUCUCAGAUGAACUAACGUUCCAAAACAGGUCUGAGGGCCGAACACAUGGAGUACAUGCUUUUUAUAGAACUAUAACUCCUCCCAUUAAUAGGUCCACCCGCACAUACCCUUAACCAACCGGUGGACAGGAUUUGGAUUUCCUUAUAUGGGCAGACCACAUGGCUCAUCCGAAACAAAGGAGAAAGGAAUGUGAUUUCAGUUCCUGCAUUCCUGCACAUGCUCAGUACAUUAAUGACAGUAUCUUAGCUACGUGUAACUAACUAACUGAUACAACAUACACAUAUGCCACGUGGAAAUCUCGGCCUACUAAAUUUACAUUUCACUGAAAUUCCAUCACAGUAGGUUAUGAAAUAUGCUUUUGGUAUUGAGAACGAGUAGGGGAGAAGUUACUGUGCCUGUUUAAUUGUGGUGAACCAUGCUUCAUUACGAUUAAGUCCUGGACUCUAUGGCCUCUAGGUGUUUAAGUUUGCAAUAUAUGGUGACAAUAGACUCUGAGGGGAGGGUUGAUCUAGUAUUCCCCUCCAAUAAGUGAUAGGUUGACUUUGUGGGAGACCCUGGUCACCAAGGGCUUAUAGAGUGGGGUGUAAAGGUACUUAGUUCUGCUGGUGGAACACUUCUCUAUGGGUUUAGUAAUAGGCAUAGGAAGGUCAACCCAUUUUGCCAUUUAAGAAAGGCCAUUUAGUUCUAGGGAUUGUUGAGCAUGGUGUCAUCCGCUAAUAAGCUGCAAGCAGCAUGCUAUUCUAGCCUGACAUGCAUUUAAACAUACUGAUUAGAUGGAAGGCCUAGCAAUAACAGAGAAUAAAAAUAGUAAUACGAACUAAAACUCAGUGAAUAAUACAUUAAGGCUGACUCCUGUGCUUAGUCUAGGUGGGGGUGUAUGUGUGUGUCUUUGCUAGCUGUAGCCUGAGUUCCGUGUGGGUCUACUAGUGAGGUGAGCCCUCCUUGCCAUGAUACGGGCCUAUGGUGAUUUGCCUCCAGGUGCAGUAGCAGCUGUUACUGGGGUAGGGGGUUAGGGUUUACAUAGGCCAGAUUUACAGGUCUCAUGCGCGUAGGUGUGGGGAGCUCUCCUAGUUGAGAGAGGUCUGAAACAGCACAGGGUGUAAAUCAUAUUGGUGUGGGCUACUCAUGAAGCCUUGGUGGUGCUACUCAGCGAGGGGAGAUAGGUAGCGUGCCAGAUCUGGGGCUGGCUGACAUGUCUGUAUGUAUGCCUGGUCUCGGUUGCAGUUUUGGGAGGGUUGUAGUCGUUCCAUGCGCUCGUGUCGUUGUGCGGGGUCCCAUCUAGAGAUGGUGAGGAUUUGUGGGGUGAUACUAUGGUGUCGGGUUAGGUCGCCAGAUGGGUUUAGUGGUGAUGUUGGGUAUGUAGUGGUGGGAGCAAAAACUUCUAAGUAACAGUGAACUGUGUGAUAUAAUUUGUGCUGUGAGGCACAACAGAAAAAGAGCAUAUGAUGCAUCAGUGAUGCCAUACAACGACAGUCCCGCUGGCUCAGCCACCCGGCCCCUUAGAGGACAUGUCGGGAGCUCCUCUCUGUACAAACGGUGUGGUGUUGUCUACAUCCCAUUGGUGUUUCUGUGGUCCGACCCGUUGUUGGUCCUCGGAGUGGGACAGUCCCAUGGUGAGCAAGAAGUGUUGGCCCUUUGCCAGGGAGUUAAGCUUGUGUACAGUUCCCUCUAUGGUGACAUGUAAGGAACGUGUUGUGCUCCAGCGGUAAGGAACUUUGUUGCCCCGUAGCACUCCUGUGACCGGUCGCAUGGAUUGUCUCCAAAGCAUCGUAGGUCUGGACAGGUCAUUAUAAAAUUCUAAGGUAUGUUGUUCAAAUUUCAGUGUGGGUGAGUUCCUCACUGCUGCCAUGACUGCCGCCCUGUCCAGGUACGUGACGAAUUGUACUAUGACAUCGCCGGGGGUCCGCUGUGUUGGUUGGCUUUGUGUACAGAUCCUGUAGAUGUUAUCCACGAGGAUGGCUUUUGCCUGUUUAUGGGGGAGUAAGUGCUGGAUCAGGCAUCGCAGGAACUGUGGCAGUUCUGUGUGGUCUACCAUGUUGCUGAUACCUCUACUUUUAAUGUUUUUCCGGUGGCUCCGAUCUUCUGCCUCUGCGAGCCUCUGUGUCAUGCUGGCUUGUGACUGCUUGAGUUGCUCAUGUUCCACCACCAGCAAGGUCUGUUCAGCUUUGAGGUGAGAGGAGUCAGUCUCCAUCUUCUUGACUCUGCCUGUAAUUGUAAGCAUAUUUUCCUGCACUAUGGACAGCUCGGCCUGGAACAUGAAAUGGAUGUCUCGUAGUAGUGUUUUUAUGUCGCCUUUUGUGGCGGGGGUGUUGUCGUCCUCGUCCUCGUGUAGGCCACCCUCACUGGAAAUCUCAUCCAGGGUAUCCAUGGAUGGUUAUUCCUCGGAUGAUGAAUCCUCCGCUUGUGGUUCUGCCAUCUUAGGCACUGCACGCGGUAGGCCUCCGCGCAUAAAGUCGCUUAUAUCUCGGGAUCCAGAACCCAUAUGUGCUUUACUCUUCUUAGUUCGUUUCCUCAUUGUGGUAACGUGGCUAGGGGGUGUUUGUUAUCGGUGUUUUACCCGGUUUGCAUGGUAAUCUGAGCUUGGUAACGCGGAGCUGAAACGCUGUAUGUCUGCUCGGUUUGCUGGUCGGCUCUGGCCCCCUACACCCUUAUAUACUGCUAGUGUACACCAUGGUUCUCUAUCAUAGAAACAUAGAAACAUAGAAUGUGACGGCAGAUAAGAACCAUUCGGCCCAUCUAGUCUGCCCAAUUUUCUAAAAACUUUCAUUAGUCCCUAGCCUUAUCUUAUAGUUAGGAUAGCCUUAUGCCUAUCCCAUGCAUGCUUAAACUCCUUUACUGUGUUAACCUCUACCACUUCAGCUGGAAGGCUAGUGUACACUAUGGUUCCCUAUCACUGCUAGUGUACACCAUGGCUCUCUAUCACCGCUGGUAUACACCAUGGCUCUCGAUCACCGCUAUUGUACACCAUGUUUCUCUAUCAUUGCUAGUGUACACAAUGGUUCUCUAUCACUGCUAGUGUACACCAUGGUUCUCUACCACUGCUAGUGUACACUGUAGCGGAUGGCAUUGGACUGUCCUCAAGGGUUAUGUUAAAAGUACAAUUCGUGUCUUUAUUCUCAUGUAUAACUAAAAUUGUAUGUAGCAUUCGUAUGUUUGUUCGUUAGUUUUCAUCCGUAUUCCAUACGAAUGAAAACUACCGAACCAGUAGACCACCCCAGAGAGAAGUGUGUACCUUAUUAGGCUUUCACACUUCUCUAACCGCAAGUUAAAUGGUGCAAUCGGUACUUUAUAGAUGUAUCUGGGUGGCCGCCGUUCGGCAUACGAACACAUGGCGGUGGCCAUCUUACGCACGAAACCUCAGCGGUGUUUGGUCGUCGAGUGUCUGGAACUCAAAUCGGACACUCAAUUACCCGAACACCGCUGAGACCUCCAGUGCUCCGUAACUCCCGAGCUCCGUAACCCUGAGACCUCCAGAGCUCCGUAACUCCAGAGCUCCGUAACCCUCGUUCGGUGAAUUAAAAGUACCGAACAAGGGUAUUCAGACAAAUACCGAUUUAAUAGUGGAUGGCAAGGAUUUAUAUGUAUUUUAUCUCCCGAACGGAGACCGACCGCAGGGCCAAAACACAUGGAACCCUUUUCGGCUACCACCUCAUGUGCGGUCGGUCAAAUUGUCUUUUCCAUCUAACUCCCGAACCCCUGGUCCGAUCUAGGUGAAUUUUGAAUAUGUUGGUCACCCAGAUCAAGGCUACCAGGGGGUGCCACUUAGACAAUUGUACCUGUUUUAGGGUACAUCCAGAAACCGCGUAAAACUGUAGCAUGUAUAAGUGGAUUAUGUGUCACACUGAGGGGAGGAGAUGUAUGGGAGGUAACUACUGUACUAUUGGCCACUGUACCAAUUAUUGUAAAUCCCUCCCUUGCAUGGGAGAAUCCUUUAUAAGGAAUCUGUGUGAUUAAAAGUUCAGUUCUGCUCCUGAUGCUGUAUGUCGUCCAGUCAUUGGGAUUGAUGUUGGGAUAUUGUUGGAUUGUUUUGCCUGCUGGAAUUAUUGCCUUAUGGAUUUCUAAUACUUGUUCCUGAGCCUUACUGGGAUCUUAAGUGGAGAUAACUUGUGUAAUAGCAGCUCUCCGCUACAUACACCAUGUCUCUCUGUCACUGCUGGUAUACACGAUGGCUCUCUAUCACUGCUGGUAUACACGAUGGCUCUCUAUCACUGCUAGUAUACACCAUGGUUCUCUAUCACUGCUAGUGUACACUAUGGUUCCCUAUCACUCCUAGUGUACACCAUGGUUCUCUAUCACUCCUAGUGUACACCAUGGUUCUCUAUCACUGCUAGUGUACACGAUGGCUCUCUAUCACUGCUGGUAUACACGAUGGCUCUCUAUCACUGCUGAUAUACAUAAUGGCUCUCUAUCAGUGCUGGUAUACACGAUGGCUCUCUAUCAGUGCUGGUAUACACGAUGGCUCUCUAUCAGUGCUGAUAUACACAAUGGCUCUCUAUCAGUGCUGGUAUACACAAUGGCUCUCUAUCAGUGCUGGUAUACACGAUGGCUCUCUAUCAGUGCUGGUAUACACGAUGACUCUCUAUCAGUGCUGAUAUACAUAAUGGCUCUCUAUCAGUGUUUGUACACACAAUGGUUUUCUGUUAAUGCUACAAAUCACCAUGUCUCUCUAUUUUAAAUCACAUAGUGUCCCCUAAUCAUACUACUGAUAACAUAUCAUUAAUAUUCUUAAUAUUAUUAUUGGCAUUUAUAUAGCGGCAGCUUAUUCAGCAGCUCUUUACAAAAAUAUAAAGGGAAAAUUUACAAGAAAUGAAACAAACUAUUACAGAUAUUAACCAGAACAAUAGGUUAAUAAGGACCCUGCAAAAAAGAACUUGCAAUCUAGAGCAUAUCAUUUAUACCGUUUGGUCACGGCUCUUCUAGUCUAGAGACAUUCUAGAAUUUGUACUUUAUAUGAGCAAAGCUCUAUAUCAAUAGAAGUAAAUGUAUUUAUCUGGCAGUAAAUGUAUACCUGUCUCUAUCGUGUAACAGUAUACAUAUCAGCCGUGCCAUACAGAUAAUAAUGUACAUUUUUCACCAACAGGAUGGUAUCCAAAUGGAGCCAGAUCUGCAGGAUAAUUUGCGAGUUUUCAGGUAAUCAAUCCAUUGUAAACUUUGAUGAGAUUAAAGCAGAUUGUUGUAAAGAAGAAUACACAUAACUAAUUGCGCUGCUAGGCAAGCCAGAAGCACCAGAUUCUAAAGCCCUGUAUGUCCAAAUAGCAUAAUACCUUCUCCAUCAACACCCACCAAGCAUCCCCAAUCAGCACUCACCAUACCUACCUACCUGCAUUCCUCAGCAUUGUUAGGGUGUUUUGGGGAGUCAGGAUGCUUUGCUUUGGAUUAAAACCUAAGAUAGUUUUGGACACUUGCAAUGCCGUUCAUGGUAAUCAUGUGCUUAAAAGUUUAUUUCAAGUCCCAAUUCACAGGUACUAAAAAAUAUAUAUAUUAUAAAGACAAGAAAAAGCAAAGACAAAUGGAAGAAAUGCAUUACUAAAUGUGUCAUUUACUGAGGCCGAAUGGCUCUGUACCCAACAGAGCAAAACCAUUCACUGCUGUACAGGCCCAUUUGGAAUGCAAAAUCAGGACAUUGUUCACUUUGGCCAAGAUUUCAGAAAAAUGCUGCAUAUAUGAGCCCUAGUCAAUCAUGACUGCCUGAUAAGCCUCUAACAGAACUAUUUACUAAAAUGAGAAUUCAACAUAAAUUCAAAGUGUAUUUCAAAGUUAAGGCCAGACUGGAAGCAUAGCUGAUUUUUCGAAAUCCACUAAUUUGACCAUAAAUGUGAAAUCCACUUGAAAUCUCACUUUACUAAAUACAUACAUAUAUAUUUAUUUAACCUAUAUACUUUUACUAUGCUUUGUUUAUAAAUAUAAAACAUAACAUGUAUCACUGGGAUUGUAAAAUAUUUUAUCCAUCUCCACAGGCCCCGGAAAAUGACCCUGAAGGGCUAUAAACCGAACUGGGUUCAGCUAAAAAGUACUAAUUUAUCCUGUUACAAAAGCAAAGAAGAGGCCAGAGGGGAACCAUUGAUCAUGCUGAGCCUGAAGGGUAAUUAAUGAGUUCUUUUUAUUCACAUAGUGUUUGAAUUUAGAGUAAAACAUUAUUUGUAUGAAUUAAUUAUGUUAUGAUCUUAUACUACUCUCUAAAUUAACUUGUCUGUCUAGAAGAUCCAUAAAAAAAACUGAAAGAAAGAUACCUGUAUUGCAGGAUAAUAUACAUCACUGGGCCUUCAUUGUGGCUAGUAUUAGAUCUGUUUGGCAAGUUGAUACAAUGAGGUGUGAAAAAAAAGGUGUUUACAGCAUAUAGUUCAUGGAGAGUGAACAGCAAAAAGUUGCUUAUAGUGCAGGACCUGAGGAACAAACAUAGGUAAAAUUCAGAAAGAUUUGAUGAUAGUUACAGAGCAGGGUGAAAGGGACAUAGUGUGUAGACACCAACUAUGACGACUACAGAAAUAUCAUUAGCCAGGUUGGACCUCUUGUUCGGGCUGGCUAAUGAUGCGGCCAGAGGUUGAGGUAUACUUCCAGAAGCAAAGGGGUAAAAGGCUGCAUAUACAGACCCCAGGCACCAUGACCAAUUCAAAUCACUGAAGUGCAAUAGUACUUGAAAGAACCCGUUAAUGAAACAAAAAUGGAAAAAAGGCUUAACUUUUCAGUUCUUUGUCUUGGUUUCUUCACAGGGUGUGAUGUUGUACCGGAGGUUAAUAUCGCCUCUCAAAAGUUCUGUAUCAAACUUGUAGUUCCAUCACCAGAAGGAAUGAAUGAAGUUUAUCUGCGCUGUGACAACGUGAGUGUUAUGGGCAUCUAAUAAGUCCACCUCUGUCUCACCUUGUGAUGGGAGGGUCAGAUCCAAAGCUCACUCCUAUAAAAUCUUACAAGUUACUUGAUAAAAUACAUAGUCUUUUAUGCAGUCUGUGUCAUCAGCAGUUGGAGUGAUACAUAUUUAUUUUUUUAUAUUUAUUAUUGUAUUAUAAAGACUUGCCAAUAAGUGACUGUUUAAACAUAUACAGUAGCAGGCCACCCUGGUGUGCUGUUGGUUAGAUAAACAUACAUUUAUAUACCUACAUGACUGAGAAACAUCUAAUAUCUUCUUUGUCUAUCUAUCCAGGAGCAGCAGUAUGCCCGAUGGAUGGCUGGGUGUCGCUUAGCAGCAAAAGGACGUACAUUGGGUGAUCCAUCAUAUGAUGAUGAAGUCAAGAGUAUUUUGUCUUUUCUCAGCAUUCAGAAAUCCAGUAACCAAACUUCAAACUCCUUAGCCACAGACUCUACAAACAUGCAUGCCCUAGUUUCUCCUCGUUACCAGAAAAAGCUCAAACCAAAGCAGGUAAGCAGUUAAAUAGGUCAAACCAGAGAUGGGGGAAAUUGUGAUCUGCCUAGUGCUUGGCUUAAACUGCUGUUGCCUAUCUACGAAGGCUAAAUAAUGUCUGAUAAUUAUGGGAUUUGUUGCACUAGAGUUAACUGUGUUGUACACAAUGCCUCAAAAAAUGGUGAUUUGGUUUGAUUUACGUGAAAGUAGUUAAAGGGCACUAUAGUGUCAAGAACACAAACGUGUAUUCCUGAUACUAUAGUUCUAAAACCACCAUUUAUGUGGUCGACUCCCCUUACAUCCGGUGAAUAAGGUGAUUUACUUACCUUUUUCCAGCACCGCACAGGGCUCUUCGCUACUGGCCUCAUCCCCAAUUCGCCUCCUUGGCUGGCAUCAUCAGAAUUGAUUACCUCAGCCAAUCACAAUGCUUUCCGAAGGAGGUGGGAACAGGGCGGGACCAAAACCCGCCCUGACCAAUCGGCAUCUCCUCAUAGAGAUGCAAUGAAUCAAUGCACCUCUAUGAGGAAAGUUCAGUGUAUCCAUGCAGAGACUGGAGACACUGAACAUCAGUGUUCCAUACUGUGCAGCACUGCCCCAGGAAGCACCUCUAGUGGCCGUCUGAGAAGUGGCAACUAGAGGAGUCCCUAGGGAGCAAUGUAAACACUGCUUUUUAUCUGAAAAGACAGUUUUUACAUUAAAAUGCCUGCAGGGAAUGAUUAUAUUCACCAGAAUAACAACAAUAAGCUGUAGUUGUUCUGGUGACUAUAGUGUCCAUUUAAACAAGUUCUAAAGAUUUCUGAUACAGUUAAUUUUGUGAAAUUGCAUAAAAGCAGAUUGAGUUCAUCUACAGUUCUUUUUUUUUUUUUUUUUUCAGUUAACCCCUAGAAUUUUAGAGGCCUAUCAAAACAUUGCCCAGCUAUCGCUUGUAGAUGCCAAACUACGCUUCAUUCAGGCCUGGCAAUCACUCCCAGAUUUUGGGCUUUCGUACUUUGUUGUAAGGUUAGUGACACUUUAUAUUAUUGCAGAAAGCCAUGUCUGUUUUUUAUAAUGUUAUCUGUUUUCCAUACUCUCCCACUUCCCGUUGUAUUGCAGAAAUUCUACCAUUUUUUUAUCUUUACUCAACAAUAUUUUCACCAAUAUGUUGUUAUCUGUCACUACAAUUCUUAUGCCAGAUUUAAAGGAGCCAGAAAGGAUGAGAUAUUGGGAAUUGCCAGCAACCGUCUGAUACGCAUAGAUCUGAGCGUUGGGGAUGUUGUAAAAACCUGGAUGUACAGCAAUAUGAAACAGUGGAACGUCAACUGGGACAUCAGACAGGUGAGUUGAAGACAGAAAAUGACUAAAGAACAAAUCUAAGCCGGAGCACGUUAGUAGAGGACAUUUGGUUAUAACACAUAGAAGUUAAAACAUAUCUGUGUCCCUCUUCUGUUUCAGGUUUCCAUAGAAUUUACAGAGAAUAUUAAUGUUGCAUUCACAUGUGUCUCAGCUCCUUGCAAAGUUGUUCAUGAGUACAUUGGAGGCUACAUUUUCAUGUCCACACGUGGUAAAGAUGGUGGAAGCAAGGGACUGAAUGAAGAGCUCUUCCACAAGCUAACAGGUGGCCAUGAGGCUCUUUAA